UUCGCGCUGUGUUUCGGUCUCACCGAACCCGGCUCGGGUGCGGAGCUCAGAGCAGCGAUUCCGAGGGCGAGCUGGGUAGACGAGUCACGCCGGACGAGACGUUCCGACACCUGGCGGCUGCUCGCGGCUCCUAACCGGUGACCCGCGUGUGUUCCUCAUAGGAACCUUAGGGAAGUUUCCAAAUAUCUCUCUUUUUGAUGUGCCGUCACCUCUUUCCCUAUUCAUUGGCUUCACGCACGGGGACGGGAUCGCUUCGGCUUCACGAAUUCCGUGUCAGGUUAAAAAAAAACGUCAACACAGACUGUGUUUUGGAUAUUCAUUUGAUUGGCAGUUAGCAUCAUUAUCUUUUUUUUUAUGAUGGCUGCUGUGAAUCUGGCGGAGAAUGAUGUCGCUGUGGACUUGAGGGAUUUAUCUGGUAUCCCCACUGCUAAAAACGGAGCCGCGGCCGCGGGCAGCCUGCGGGUCCGCUCGGGCUCGGAGUCCAGCAGCGAGGAGGCGCUGGGGCCCGCGCUCUCCGGCGCCGCCCGGCUGGAGAGGAAGCAUCGGCGCCAGCGGACCCACUUCACCAGCCAGCAACUGCAGGAGCUGGAGGCCACCUUCCAGCGGAACCGCUACCCGGACCUGAGCAUCCGCGAGGAGAUCGCCAGCUGGACCAACCUGACCGAGCCCCGCGUGCGGGUGUGGUUCAAGAACCGGCGAGCCAAAUGGCGCAAGAAAGAGCGCCACAUGCCCGCAGACAUGUGCAAGCCAGGCCUGGGACCACCGCUAGGGGGGCUGCUCUCCCCGUAUGAGGAUGUGUACUCGGGGUACCCCUCUUAUGGCAGCUGGGGACCCAAAGCACUGCCCCCCAAAGGGGGGUACCCUUUCUUCAGCCCUGUCGGCCACCUGAGCCCAUCUCCGCAACCACCCCCCUCCCUCUCCGCAGUGCCACUGAUGCCAGAUUCCGUCCCGUCCAGUCUGGACCCCCUCAGCAGCCCCCCAGCUGUGUCCUCGCCCUCUUACUGCCCUUCCCAGCCCCACUUCCUCCUAAGGGAGACCUGCCUGUCUGACCCGCGGUUCCGAUCCAAACAGCCUGGCUCAGCCUUUUCCUAUGGGCCGAUUCCCAGCCCCAGCCCGGGGCACUGCGAGUACCGUAUGGACCGGCCUGUCUAACCCUGACCUGCUCCGGGAGGCCCAGAGAUGAGAAACAGUGAAAACAAACAUGUAGGCGCACAUGAAGGAAUUUGGAUGACUUGCUGUAUGUGCCACUAAAUGAAUGUAAAAAUCACUUGUUUUGAGUCCAAAAACAAGAUUCUGUCAUACUUUUUUCCUUGAGUCCUGCAGGGACUGGUGCUGUGUACAAGCUGAUGACAGCUCAGUUAUUAGAAACAGUAUGGCAGCUGAGAGGAACCUCUUUUUAUAUCUUUCCCGAUUUCCCGGGAUGUCAUUCGGUUUAGAUGGAGUAUGUGCCACUAUUCAGAGCACAGGGGGUCUCCGCCCUCCAUUCUCACCAUUCUAAGUGAGAAAAUGUCUUGCUCUAGCUGUGUAGCUCAGUAUUCCAUCUCCACCUCUCUCUCUCUUUCUUCUCCACUCUCUCUGCUGACAAGCAGAGCAUGGCUGCUACUGAAGGGCACACAGUUACCAGAGCCAGAGCUUCAGCAAUCCCACAAAGUGUAUAAACCAAGACUUGGCCCGUCUAGCUAGUUUGGCUGCAGGCAGCUAAGUGAACCAAGGAUCUCAUCCAGCUGUUUCCUGAAAGGCCGGGUAGCCCGUUCCAGACUCCCACCACGCUUUGUGUAACGUGACGAAUAUGAAGGAAGGCAGACUUCACACAGAUCACACAGCCAGCGCUGUAGAGGUGAAACGUGCCCACCAGCAGAGCUCAGCUUUUCACUGUCCCACAUUACAUCCCAAAUUAAGUAACUACGCAGUGAGUUCCUGCACUAGACUCUAUAAGCCAUACGGAUAAGGUGAUUUGCAUUUGUAGCUUGUUUUUCAUGGUCUGAACACUGUACAUUAGUUAAUGUCCACAGAUCUGAGCAACAGGCUGGAUUCAUCUACAGCUCAACAGGGGUUGUGGUUGGACAGGUUCUACUUCAGCAAAGGAAAGACUGAAAAAGGGCCAUCACUGCCUUAAAAUGUCAUCAUAGACAGAAAUCCCUACUUGGAAAGCAUUCAUACAUUCAUUUAGUAUUAAUGAAUGGUUUUGGCGGCAAAAAAAGCCAACAUCCUGCUGACAUACUUAUGGAGAUCAAUGCCAGCUCAACUCAGGACUGAAAGGUUUAAACAGGUUACCAUGUCAGGAGUUCAACACGCAACUCAGUACUAAUCCCAGCAGAAACUGGGUUGAUUGAAGCACAAUAUUCUUCAAUACUGAAGAGCUGCAUGGUUUAAUUAUCUUGCUGUUAAGCUCUUUACUAGAGAUUGUACCAUUUUCUGAAGAUAAAGCUAACUUAGAACAUUUCAAGACCAAAGACUAACCAAAAAACACAGCAGUGUUUGGAAUGUCUUUACAUUGUUUUGUACGUUCAAGAAAACAAAUGUGCCUGAAACAAUUUCUAAUUUUGGAAUCUCAAGGGAAUAAAGAAAAGUUGUUGUUUUUUUACCUCAUCACCCAUUAAAAUACCCUGCAUGCCUUCCUGUGAGUGCUCUGCCAGUUUGGCUGGGGGGGGUGCCCAGCUCUUCAGCGAGAUGUGGUCUCAGUCACUCUGGGACUGGGGGCUGGGUGCCCACCCCCCAGAAAAUAACAAUGGAUAUCUGGAAACAUUGUGUCCAUGGUACAGGAAACAACAGCAAUAUUUUCUUCAACUGAUCCAUCCUCUCAAUGAAAAGCUUUAUUGAGUGCUUGCAAUGCAGCUUCUACUGUAUGUGUCUUAAGUAGAAAGUGACAUUAUUUAUUAGUGUUAUACUGUAUAUUUCUAUUUUCUUUUAUACUUUUAUAUUUAAUGCUGGUCGGGGGCAUUCUUCUUCUUGAACUUGAUCAAGAGCCCCUGACGUGGAGAGGUUUGUAAGGGAAAAAUAUCAAACCGGCCAAUGUCUUCGCUCAGAGGGUAAAUAAAUGCAGAGAAUCGUCCAGGCAGGGCCAGUGGCUGAAUGCACCAUCCUGACUCAUUCUGCUGAGGACUGUCUGUCCAGAUUUUUGAAUGUGCAUCAAACUUACUUGGGCAGUAUCCAAGGUGCUGUAAAAAAUAUAUGUAUUUGACUCUUGUUUCUUUGUUACCAAAAGACUGUGUUUUGAUAAAUUCCAA